AUGGAGGGGUUUUUCAAUCGAAUUCUUAUGGACGCGGAGGGCGGUGUUGCGCAGCGCAAGGUGAUGAAGGAAGUUGUGGUCACGCGUGAAAAUAUCACUAGCGUAGAUGAAGAACGUCAGAUGGUGGGGCUGAUGAAUCUAUGCAAUCUACUAAACAUGGCGACUUCCGUAACCAUAUCAUCAAUACGUCCGAGCGUUUUUGUUCCGCAUGUAUUAGAAUGUUUAAAGAAGGAGCACAAUGUGGACUUGAUGCUAUUAGCCGCACGUGUAUUGACGUAUAUGGUAGACGCCAUACCUUCUACUGUUUACGUACUCGGGUCAGAAAACGGUAUGGAGGCCGUUUUGCAACAUCUGCUGGAGGUGAAAGAUAUUGAGCUCUCGGAGCAGUGUAUGACGUGUUUGGAAAAAAUUACGCAGAGCGCGAAUGGCGCUUUGACGGGAUUACAAAAGGGAGGGGUGAAGGCACUUUUAGCGUUUGUGGAUUUUUUUAGCUCCUCCUCGCAGCGUAAGGCCUGGGCCAGUGUUGCGGCUAUGUGCCGGCGUGUGGAUGCGACAACGUUUGACCGUGUUCACGACUCUCUGAAUGAGAUACGUGCGCGUGUCAAUCAUGAGGAUGGAAAGAUUGGGGAUAAAGCAAUCGCCUGCCUUUAUCGUAUUAUUACGGGUGUCCGCACAAACCCGGAGCUUGUGGCACGGGCAUAUGGUGACGUCAGUCCUGCGCUUCUUUGCGUGCUUGCGCGCAGCGAUGUUACAGAGAGCACCUUUACGAUGACGCUCUCACUUAUUGGCGCAGCGAUCACAUACAGUGCGGAGGUUACACGGAAAGUGACCGAGAGCGGCUUGAUGGAGUGCAUGUUGGCGCUAAUUACCCAUUACUCUGAACAACAAAUACCACAGCUGCAACAGCAGCAGCGUAGUUCGUUUCCACAGGAUGUAUCGACGCAGAUGUCCUCGACGCCGGCACCAACAUCUUUGACGACAACGUUUCGUGAGAGGCGAUUAACGAUGGAGCAGACAAAAAUACUUUGCAUUGCGCUUGCUGGACUUCUGCCAAGAAUUACGGAGGGUUACCUUGCCUAUGGAAAUAUACUUACAGAACUGCUCGCGGAACGUAAUCAGGGGAUAAUGAAUAGUAGAGGAUACUUUUCCACAGACACGGACUAUGAUGAUGAAGAAGACGAAGAGGAUGGUGAGGGAAACAACAUUGAAGAGACUCGUAUGCGGAUUCUGGAAGAGGAAAUUCCACUUGAAAGGAAUCCCAACUUUUCAAGGUGCAAUAUCUCACAUGUAUGCAACGGCUGCGGGAAGUUGUGCAUGCCUGGUGACUGGUUUCGCUGUAACAAAUGCUCAGACUUUGACUACUGUGGACAAUGUCUUUUGGAAAGUUGGGCCGAACACACAGGGAAUUCGGCGCAGCAUACAUUCUGUGAUAUGCUGGAGGUAAUUUCGGGAUUAAGCAAGCUAACGAUGCCUGCGACGGUCAAAAAAUCCCUGGACGACGCGCUGAAUAUGGAGCGGAGGGACCUCUACAGAAAUUCCCCUCAACUACUGGAGAGCAUACUCAGAGGGCUUCCAAAGAUGGUGAUGCUGUUUAACGAGUCAGAAACGCAGAUUGUGCGUAACCACAGUCUUGCCUUUAUUGACCGCGCUGUGUGUCUGGCAUCCCCGCAGCAGUUGAUGAAUAGUGGUCUUAACGAGGCAGCCGUGUGUCAAUUAAUCGUCUCGGCAAUUGGAGACCCCAGUCUUAUUUUAAACGCCCAGGUGAUGCUACUCUGCCGUACAUUGCUGGAAAAGCUUCCGGCUGUGUAUAAAAAGGCUUUUGUCCGUGAAGGUGUGACCAGUGCCUUGCUAAAAGCACGAGGACAGAAUCAAACGACCACGCGACGUGCUUCCGAGCGGCAAGAGGAGAAACGCCCGCUCGUUGAACGACUUUGCACUAUUGCAGAUUGGCGCGAGCUUGUUGCGGAGGAGGCGAACAGUAUGCUUGGUAUGUUUUCUUCGAUUAGUGACGAAACACACAUCAAGCGGCUUGCCGAGUUUGUAAGUCUUAUGGAGGAAGGUCAACUUCAGGAGGCCUUUGACACCCUCCGAGUUGCUCUCUUGAAUGAAACUACUUCAUUUGAGCUGGCGUCGAGCAAUGUUCUUCACGCACUUAGGGAAACUCUAACGCGUGUGAAUGAUGUCCGUGUCAUUGUGGACCUAGUAAAGACACUAGCAAAGGGGGAACGAAAUUCACCAUGUGCGCUUACACGAUUUGUGCGACACCUUCAAACUAUUUUUUCGCAAUUGGAUCAGUUUCGACCCUCCAGUUUUGGUGGGGUAAACAGCAUUCAUGCACAUAUCCCUGUGCAUCUGGUUUCGCAUGCAGCUGAACAGCAGAAGCCGAAGCCUUCUCUAUUAGCAAAAAGUGGCGCACUGCGACGUUCUCCUCCGGCCACUUCUUCAAAGGAAUCCAGUGGGCCACCGCGUAGCACGCGUGUUUUCACAACACGCGGGAACAACACCACGAGUCAUGCUUCCACCUUGACAGGUUUCACAUCAACUUCGACAAGAGGCGUUUCUGAGGGUCGAGAGCUCACGGUAAGCCUUGAACCUUUAACAAGCAUGGAUACAUUGAUGUCGUUUGUGGCCUCAAAUGUGCUUCCUGGAGGUGCAGAGGAGAACGGUGGUCGUCGCCGCAUAGAUGACGAGGAACACGUCGAAGAUGUGCUUCCUGAGUUGCGUAAAGGAGAACCGACUGAUCUUUCUCUGACGGGGAAGAAAUUGAUGCAGGAAAAACCCGAACAACGUGUCUACCUGCGGUAUGAAUCGCAUGUAUUGCCGCCUUCUAUGACCAUUCUGCAGGUAUUACAACAGUUUCACUCCUUCUCAUCUUCGUCCGGGGGGUCAUCGUACCGGAAGCGGAAAAAGAAGAGUGGUCAAGGCAGUGGUACCGCUUCUAAUAAUAAUAACGUUACUGGUACUACCGCUGCCAAUGCCACAAUUGCAACCACCACUACUUCUACUAGUGGCGGUGGUGGUAGAGUCCGUCAACGUAAUUCCAUGGGAGAAGGAUUGCGUCGUAGUGGGGGGGAAAUUAUCACUCUACACUACAGCACAGUUCCUUUUGGACCGGAGUACACCAUGGAAAAGCCGCGAUCUGCUGCGACUUGCGUUGCACCAACCGACGCCACUUCUGUGAAAUUGCCCUCCAAAGGUGUUCGUUCUCCCGCAGUGGCUGAGGUGCUACGUGCGCUGCAUCAGGAAUACCCAUUUAGCAACUGUUUUCUCACAGCUGCACAAAAAGAUGUUCUGACGCUUUUGGGUACCAUUUACAAGACAUUGCAGUGCUGGGGCGAACUUCUACUUCACCUGGGUUAUACUACACAGGGUGAUGUGGAGGGGGAUGUCUGGUCACCCUCAACUCCGCUCGGAGAGUUUAUUCACCAAAGACUGAACAACAAGGCCAUGCGGCACAGCUCCAAUCUUUUGCUUGCAGGUCAACACCUCGCAACGUGGGCGGUCAACCUCGCGAUGGACUGUAACUUUUUGUUUACCGCUGCGACACGAAAGUUUCUUUUUGAGAUUGGCUUCUGCGGCACAGCUCGUUCUCUUGUUCAGAUGCAGGAAAAUAUGGAAAAGUACGGCACGCGAGAUUUACUUAACGUGGAUCAUCACCUUAUACGAUCCUAUCGUCUGCACCGAAUGAAGAAGCGUGUCUGGCGCGACAAGGCACUGUUGUGUGCUAUGGAAAUUUUGGGAAAGAAACAGAUCAAUGACACUGUCUUGCUCGAGUUUGAGUACUAUAACGAAAAUGGAAGUGGUAGCGGACCAACAAUGGAAUUUUACUCGCUUGUCUCGGACGAACUCCGGGAGAUGAAACUUCGCUUAUGGCGCCGGACCGACGAAACACCGGAUGAAAAGUAUUACCACCCGAAGACGGGGGUGUAUCCGCGUCCGCUGCCACCCGAUUCACCUGAGAUUGACCGUGUGGAGCCGUUAUUCCUGUUUCUAGGCCGCUUUUUGGCCCGUGCUUUGUUGGAUAAGCGCAUCGUCUCCCUUCCUCUCUCGCCGGCCUUGUUAAAGAUAUUGCGUGGCGAUGAAUGUGGUAUCUAUGACCUGAUCGAUAUCAGUGAGUCUCUGGGUUCAUCCAUCGUGACUCUCUCCCUUGCCGCUCACAACGGCGCCACGAGCAUUCAACUGCCAGGAGCGUCAACAUCCUGCAGCGUAGAAGACUUGUUGCUUGACUUUACGUUACCCGGUGACGAUGCCAUUGAGUUGGUAAAAGGUGGGGCCAAUAAGCCGGUGACCUCCGCGAACUUGUUUGAGUACUGCGAUGCCGUCACAGAGUUUAUCUUGCACAAAGGAGUGGAACGUGUCAUGAAGGCGUUUCGUACCGGCUUUCACGACUACAUUCCAUUGUGUGCGUUGCGUUUGCUUACCGUGGCUGAGCUGCACGAAGCGCUGCACGGCCACGCUGCUCUCGUAACGAUAGAAGACCUCGAAGCAAACUGUCAGGCGGAUCACGGCUACACCAUGACAUGCAGUCAUGUGCGGCAGUUGUUUGAAAUUAUUGCUUCCUUUAAUGAGGAGGAGCAGCGUCGCUUCUUCCUCUUUCUCACGGGUUCCGUGCAUCUCCCGGUGGGCGGCCUUGCUAGUCUGCGGCCAAAGUUUACAAUUGUCCGCAAGACAUCCUCGGAACCUAAAGUUCGCGAGCAGGAUCAGCUUCCCUCCGCGAUGACGUGUCAAAACUACCUGAAGCUGCCAGCGUAUGAUAGUAAAGAGCAGAUGGAAAAAAAAUUGCGGCAAGCGAUUGAUGAGGGAGGUGGGGCGUUUCUGCUUACGUAA